AGCGUGGCAAUGGCGCCCGACACGCCGGACGCUCACGCUAACGGCCAUUCUAAAAGUAGUUCCUCCGACUGGCCUGAUGAUUAAAUCUCUCCUCCGAUCAUAUCGAUCGUACCGUUUCCUGCUUCUCGAACUGAUCUGAAUCGAUCUUCAUAUUUCAUCUUCCGUCACAGCAUCAUGGAUGGAGGAAUGCAGCUCCAGACGUACGACAGUUUUGGUGACCCCGACGCUCCUCUCCUGCCGUGGGAUGAGAUUUACCAGAAAGUUUUGUUAUCUCCACGCUUCCGACCGUCGCUGCUGGAGAGCUCUCUCGCAACCUCACAGCUCACCUCCCUCCUGUCCGCUUCCUCAUAUCCCAUUCCCGAGCCAUUUUAUCCGCACGCACAGUUCCCACCGGAGGGUUACAAUGCUCCAUUGCCCGUACCAAAUGACUUUCUAUUUCCAGGGUCCUCCGCGGACGGAGAGCGCACUAUGAAUUUGGACCGACGGACUCCACCUAAUGACAUGCAACGAUCGACUCAGACCCCACAGAAGACAACGAAACGUCAAUUGAACGAGUCAACUGGUGCACCGGCUUCUAAGAAGCGUGGUCGCCCGCGUAAAACGAUGGAUACUCGAAUGGGCGAGGACCCAGAAGAACGACGUCGAAUGCAGAUCCGCCUGGCACAACGUGCUUACCGUUCUCGCAAGGAAGCCAACAUUACCUCCCUCAAGGGCCGUAUUUCGCAAUUGGAAGCGACAUUGGAGAAAAUGAGCUCGGCAGUCGUCUCCUUCAGCGAUAAUCUGGUGCAGUCGGGGGCUCUCUCCUCGCAUCCCGAUAUCGCGAGUCAUUUACGCGAUACAGUGCAAACAUGUUUGGCUUUGGCAAAGGAGGCCAGUAAGGAUGGCGAACCCGAGAGUCCGGACACCUCGUCGCACGGCGAGGACACCACCUCGUCGACUUCAGCGGGACCAGACGGCACGCCCAUAGAUCAAAAUACGAGCCCGAGUACUCACACCGAACAGACUACUCCUCCCGAGAGUGGACCACCAAAGCCUAUUUCACCUCCCCUGUCCGAGCCCUUAGAGCCUUCUGCUAUGGAUAUUCCUCUUUUCAUCGAACAAUUACAUCUGGCAUGUGUAUAUCAAGGGUACUUGGUGCUCUCGAAUCCGUCUGUUCCGAUGUCUCGCAUAGAACGACCGUUUCGGUUUCUUUUUACCCUCAUGGACCGUCCUCAUCUGACUGCAGCCUUCGAAGCACUGUUGCACGCUAAAUUGAGUCAGAAACGGUUGGAGGAAUGCUAUGCGGGGGUCCCGUUCUUCAAGCUUGGGGGUGCUGGCACCCACUAUGCACGAUCCACCGGCCAAGCUCAGGAAGGUGAAAAACCUUUAUGCCGAUAUCAGCAAUGGACUACGAUCCACGAUCCUCUCGCGCGAUUUUCGCCCGACAUCAGACAGGAAAUGGAGGGAGACUGGUUUGACAUGCAAGAUCUGGCGGGUUAUCUCCGCGAGAAAGGAGUACACCUGUUCUCCUCGGCCCCAGAAACGGACCGAAAGUCGUCACGGACGGCCAUUAACGUCACCCGUUUCACACAAACUUUGAUUAGUAGAGGCAUAUGUUUGGGGCGCACACCGGGCUUUCGUCGCUCCGAUGUGGAUAAUGCUCUGCGUGCCUCGGUAUGGACAUGAAAGCUCAGAAGUAAUUAGUAUCAAACUCUCCCAUCAUCAGUUUUAUGCUUUAUGAUUGUCGUUUUGAUACCCGAGUUCUUAAGUGUGGUCCGCUAUAAACAUAUCGUCCAACGCCUCCACAUCUCUAUGGUAUCCAUUGCUCCUGGAGAGCGGGUCAGCGUGUGGCAUUGAGUGGACAGCACAGAGCCUUACCACACCAAGCCCUUCAGGUAUUCAUGUUGGGAUCAGAUACCCGUCUGGCUUUCUACACAGAUAUGUCGGGUGACCGAUACA